UGGUAGAAGGUAGAAGCGGGUGACGCCGCAGAGCGCUCGCGAACUAAACGAGUGAGUAUUUGCCCGGGCGAGCCGCGAGCCGGGCUGAUCGUAUCGGGUGUGUUGUCAGUGCGUCUUUAUUUAAUGUACAGUGUCUACAGUACGUCGGUAAUCACGUGAAUUGGACAAUUGUCCGGAAAGUCUGUAACAGUAACAGUUACAUCACAAAUAAAUAAAAUCUCCGAGGAGUUACAUCAACACUUGGCGUGGCCGAUGGAGGACCUACGUCGCUGCUGCAGUCACCGAGCUGCAAUUAAGCCGUUAAAUAAAUAGCCAAUAAUAAUAAUAAACAGCGACAAAGGCAGUUCAUAAUAAUCAACAACCUGGACCAGGAUUUUUUAUUUAUAAUUUUAAUAAAUAUUAUUCAUCAGUAAUUACAAAGAAGAAUUGAAGUAUCAAGACAGUGUAGUGGUAAUAGUUAGUAAAAAUAAAAAAAUAAAAAAAAAAUAACUAAACAUAACAGAGAAUAUUAUCCAGCUUGUCGUCGAGAGAGUGAGAGUGAAGGAGCCGGCUGAGAGAUUAACAAAGACAGCGGACACUCCGACACUUAUGCUACACGCCCAGGCCGUAUUGCUGCGUCACAUGGGCCGCGUUCAUUGGUCGAUAGAGCACCGUGACGUCACAAAAGCGAGGAUGAUUGGCUAAAACUCCGGGUCCCGGACACGUGAAUCGUGGCCAAGCAAGCAUGGCUGUUGAUGCGCAGUGGUUAACACUUGUAAAAUGUUUCUGCCACGCGCCAGAUCGAUCAGGUUAACGUGAUUCCGAUGCUUUUUUUAAAACAAACUUCCUUGUCAAUAAAAUAAAUGGAGUUAUUGCUUGAGGUACUUUUUAAUAAUUAUUAUAAUUAUUAAUUUAUUGACAGAAAAUAGUUGGUGGUAGGUUAGGAAGAUAUUGUGACAGUAAUAAUUAAGGUGAUCAGUGAGAGCUAUUUGAUCGGCAGCAGCAGUACAGACACAUACAGACGGACAAAUAUAUAUUAGUGAGCCAACACAUGCUCGGGUUAUCUCAACAAAAAUACCGCGUGUCCAAGUGUCAUUUUCAAGUUGGUGUGUAACGUCAAAAAUAAAUAAACCGGAGAAGGGGAAAAAAUAAAAAAGUUCAUUAAAAUUCCAAUUGGAAAAUAUAUAUAUACAUAUAUUUAUUUAAAGAAAGGUUUGAAAGAGCGACACGAAGCACGUUGAGCGAAAAAAAAAUUUAGCCUUCAGCUGGGAUUGAUUUCUCCUCUCGUGAAAGUGCCCGAGCUAAGCGCGCGUAGCGGUUCCAUUGUGUUGUAUGACUCAGACGCAGAGACUUGUCAUUUAUUUUGGUUUGUGACAGCCGAGCUUUUAUUGAUUUUUAUUAAAAUCAAAAGCUAAAAUGAGUCUCGAAACACUUUUGGAAGCAGCACGUUACGUUGAACAGCAAGAGAAGAAGAGGGAACGUGCUGCAAGUACAUCCUCUUCUUCGGAUCACUCUUUUGCCGUAGCACCUUACUCUAAUCAUCACAAUUCUAAUGAACCACGUGGUGCUAAACUCAAGAGAGAAAGAUCGGAGCCAGAUGACCUGUUUUGCGAGGAGAAAAUGCUUAUAAUUGAUGAAGAAGAUCCUCUGGACAUUGCCAGGUCUAAUGGGAACCACGCGACAGGUCUAAGGACCAGCCCGGUGAUUGCCAGCACUCAUUCUCUCGGAAACCAAAAUUCCAUAACACACAUCACUAGCCAUCCCCAGCACCAGCAGCACCCUCACCAUCAUCACAGCUACCAGCAGCCUCAAACUCAGAUCCAGCAUCACAACAAUCACAACAGUGCUUCGCACGAUCAUUAUGUCGAUAAUUAUAAUUCUAAUCACACUGCUGGCAAUGGCGGCGCUACUUUGUCUACCGAUGAGUCUGCUCACGACAAUAAGAAGCAUCGAAAUCCACCGUGUGUAAUUAGAUCUGGAACAAGAGAAGUGCAUAAUAAAUUAGAGAAGAAUAGGCGAGCUCAUCUUAAAGAAUGUUUCGAGUUAUUGAAGAAACAAUUACCAGCUCAAGAUGAAAAAAAAUCUUCUAAUUUAUCGAUUCUCCAUGCAGCCAUCAGACACAUACAAGUCCUAGUGAGAAAGGAGAGAGACAACGAGCACGAGAUGGAGAAAUUGGCACGGGAAAAAAUAGCGUCUCAACAGAGGAUAGUUGCGUUGAAAAAAGAGCUGGCUGGUAGGUGGCCGCAUCUUGAUUUUAGCCAGAUAUUAAAGGAACCAAAUCUUGCUGUUGAUACUUCUGGGUCUAAAAAUCCUGAAGCAAUGGAUGUUGAUGUAUCAGCAGGCUUAGCUCGUGGUGGUACCCGUUACAGCAGCACAAGUAGUCUAAGCAGCGCAGCAACAGCAAACUCACCUCAAAAUCACCACCAGUCCACAAGUACCGUGACACAAUCAACGUCAAUGCAAAAUCAAACAGCAACGGCGGCUGUUGUUUGUCAAACACAAGGUUUGAAUCUUGCUCAAAGCUCUAGAGAAAGUCCUCCUACUAGUUCUAGUCCUGGAGCAUCAACACCUAGCAUUCCUACUCCUGCUCAGGAGAAAGUAGCGUCUCCAACAGUGGUACAGCAGCAACCGCAUCAACUCCAUUUACCGAUAAGUGCCCAGAUGUUGAACACGAGCCAGGGCUUGGCGACAAUAGUCCCUACGCUGCAACACCUCGGUCCGGGGCUGAGAGUCAUACCUGGAGACACACGACAACUGCUGGUGACACACACCACUGGCAGCAAUGAGACGCGACCGCUGACAUUGGCUGUGCAAAACUCGACGGACCAGUCUCCGCGGCCACUUAUCGCAGUUCAGUCGCAAGCUGGCUCAGAUCCAAGACCAGUCGCCCUGGUGGUACACUCGACGGCGGCGAAUGACAACCGCGUUACCUUUGUUCAUUCGAAUCUGUCUAAUCAAGAGCGACCAUUGGCUCUGGCUGUUCAGUCUGGUGCCAGCGAUGUUCGUCCUGUUACUUUUGUACACUCCGGUAAUGAGGGGCGACCUUUAGUCCUCGCUACUCAUCCUCCGCCUCUUAAUGUUACAACACAAACAAGAAUAAGAUCUGGAGAAACACAAACGACACACAAAAUCGGAGGAGUAACACUAGUGGGUGGAAAUGGAUCCGAGUUAACGCGACUACCCGGCGGAGCAGAAUUGAACAUUUUACCUGCAAAUGGUGUGUUUCGUUCCGUAAAAACGCAAUCACUUGCUGUUCAAGGAGGACUAACACUGAGCCACGCUGGAGUGUCACUACAAACUUCAUCAGGAAAGCAAGCGGUGAUGCAAAACGUGCCUACCAGCGAAGGAAUCGCCCACAUAGUGGGCCAACACACAUCACUGUCUGGCCUAACACCCAUCGUAACACCAAUGACCGUGGUGUCUCAGGGUAACAACCAAGUAACGGCCCACAUUCUCGCCCCGUCUAACCUCACCGGGAAGAUGAUCACCACGCCGAUUCUCAAGUCUGUUGGGCAAGUGCCGCUAGUUAAUGCCCAGUAUCUAAACACAACGACAAUCGUUAAACCCGUUGUUGUUGUCAGUACGUCAGCCAACGCAACGUCACCCACAAUAACUUCCACGACACAGCCUUCCGUAACGAGUAAUUCUAAUGUCUGACAAAAUCGUAAAAAAAUUAAGAUCGUCUGAAACAUUUAUUUUUAUUUUAAUUCAGCAUUUUUUUUCACUGACACUUUUUUUAAUAUUUAUGUUGAUA